AUGACAAUCAAUUACAAUUUGGCCGUCUCAACCUCGAAGCCAUGGACACUAUUCAAAUUGUUGCUAAAAUGGCGUGGAAGUAUCUGGAAAGCAGUUAUUCUGGAACUAGUAGUAUGGCUAAUGUUCUACGGAAUUCUUAGCAUCAUCUAUAGAACUGCAUUAACACAUGACCAACAAAAGACAUUCGAGAGAGUGGUACAGUACUGUAAUGCAAGACUCAACUACAUUCCGUUGAACUUCAUGUUAGGCUUCUUCGUCACAGCUGUUGUGAAUCGAUGGACGUACCUAUAUCAAAUAAUUGGAUUCAUAGAUAAUAUUGGUCUCAUGACAGCCGAGUAUGUGCGUGGUAGAAGUGAGUUGGCUCGAAUGUAUCGAAGAAAUAUCGUGCGAUACUGUGAGCUGGCACAAGUGCUGGUAUUCCGAGACAUCAGCAUGCGAACCCGAAGGCGAUUCCCAACCUUGGACACAGUGGUUGCAGCAGGUUUCAUGAUGCCUCACGAAAAGGAACGUUUUGACGAGAUUCAGUACCGUUACUCGAAGUACUGGGUCCCUUUCCAAUGGGCGCUCGCGCUCACCUACGAUGCACGAAAACGAGGCCUCAUAGAAAGUGACUACUAUCAAGUGGUAGUACAAGAGGAAAUUAAAAAAUUUCGUACUGGUCUCGCAUGGAUUUGUAACUACGAUUGGGUCCCAAUACCAAUUAUGUAUCCACAAUUGGUUUGUUUAGCUGUUCACACAUACUUCAUAGUGUGCUUAUUGGCCAGACAAUACAUUAUUUCGGAGAAUUCGAAUAAGAAAACGGAGGUUGACUUGUACUUUCCUAUCAUGUCUACACUACAGUUUAUAUUCUACAUGGGAUGGAUGAAGGUAGCCGAGGCAAUGUUGAAUCCGUUCGGUGAAGACGACGAUGACUUUGAAUGCAAUGCUCUCAUUGAUAGAAAUAUUACCAUGGUGUUGAUGAUGGUCGACCAGGGUUACGACAGGCCGCCUGAUCUAAAAAGAGAUCCAUUUUGGGACGAGGAGGUGGAACCUUUGUAUUCGGAAGAGUCAGCGAAAAUUCCUAAUAAUCAACUGAAAGGUUCGGUCAGUGAAGUGAGAUUGCCCGAACACGUGCAGGAAAUAAGAAUGGUACCGCACUAUGACGAUCGCGAUCCACUAAUUUCCAAUUCUCCAACUUUACGGAGAAGAGUUAGUGUUGUUCCUGUCAACCAGCAAGAACGUCGACAAAGUCGGCCAUCUAUUGGUUCACUGGAGAUGUUUAGGAGUUUUAAGAAUAAAGUUGGAAGGUCCCUCUCUCGCGGACAGAUCUAUGACGAAGAACAACCCCGAAAAACAGUGUCUCACGGGCAUCUUCCGAUCCUUGACCAACGUGGAGCCGUGAAAACGGAAGAAAAUAAUUCAACCGGAGAAAAAUCGUUCAGCAAUGCUGCAUUCAUUGAUAGUCAAGAAGAUGUCAACGCGUCGCCAGAAACAAACAAAACUGUGAAGGAAGUUAGAAAAUCGUCAUCUACGACUAAUCUAAAAUCUCCACACGAUUUUCAACAUCACGUUCUUGACGAUGUGUUGGAGGAAAAUGAAGAAGAAAUGAACAUGAAGACAAUACGGAAAAGAAGUUCAGUGGGAAACGCUGGAAAUGAGGAAGGAACAAAUUUUGGCGUCCUUGCUAGCAUGGCAGAUGAGACAAGGAUAUCCUUGGAACCAUCGGCAGAUGAUGAAAAUGAGCCUACAGAGAAAAGAAAAAGCAAAGAAUUCUUUAUUGGACAAGAUAACCAAGGCUGA